UAAGGUGUAAAUGUCUACGUCAUUUUCAAUCUCACCGAUGACAGUUUCGUAACAAGCACUUCAGCCGGAGAGGGUGGGCCAGCUCGAGCCAUUCGCUUGGCCUCGCAGAAUGAACACUUCUCUCAACGGACUGACGGUGCAUCUUGGAUUUUGCGGGGAAAGUUCGAACUUUUGUUAUUUAUUGAUAUAUUUUACUAACUCUUAUCGUGUGCAACAUUGGUGCAAGUUCUGAUUAAAAUCUUGAGUGCAACGACUCGGUUGAAGGAGGCUCCUCUGAAAUUCUCUGGACCAAAGCGUUUGGGUUGAAUUAUUGUUGCUGACGGUCUUUUCGGACGUUGAGCGAAGACUCUGAUUAUUGAUAGUCGGGAAUACCUCUGUGCGCGUGAAGUUUCAAUUUUGUCGAAACUGUACUCUUGGUAUAGGAGAGCUAUCCGCUGCUCGAGAUAAAUGUCGUUGAACCCCCCAGAGACUUCUACAGAAGAUAGCUUUGAGUUCUCAGUGAUGGUGCUGGUGGAGCAGUCGCAGCGUCCGUACCGGUUCGGGAUGACCCUACUGUGCGUGGGCGCCCUGUUUAACUGGCUGGGGGUGGCCGACUCAUACUCGGACCCCGUGCCGGCCAUCAGGUACAUCGGCGUCGGGCUCAUCGCAGCCGGGGCCAUCCUCAUCUGCCUGGCCAUGUGCUUCUGGAUGAAGAGCGUUCGUCCUGCCACCGUCAAUAUCGAUAGUGAGGCGGGCAUGCACGUAGAGUCGCUCGAGGGUCCAGACCUCUCCCUCGAGAAGCCGCCAGAUUACGCCACGGUCGUGGACGUUCCCCCGUGCUACGAGGACGCCAUCAAGCUGAACCCGGCGGCCCUGCUCCCCCUGCAGAACUACACGUUCAUCGACAAGUGCGUGAGCUCCAAGGAGGACACCGCGCGGGUCAACAUCGCCGACCCGAGCCACGACCCGAAGAAGACCGGCAACAAACCCAGCGAAGACGCCGUCGCUCCGAACAACAGCAACAACAACACGCUGAGCCGGGUGCUCCGCAAGAGCAUCCGCGGGAUCCGGAAGCAACUCGGUUCGGCGCCAGAGUGUAGUAGCGUCGAGGCGCCCACCACGAGCCGCUCCUACAACGUCGUCGCCGUCGUCCCCUCGAAGCUCGCCCCCGUCCACAAGACCACUGCCACGGACGUCCACCAGGGCCCGAUGGGCGACCCCCCGGCCUACGAGGAGACGGUCGCCAUCAGCAACUGCCAAAAGGACGCCGCGCCGAUCCUGGAGGCCUCGACUUCCGUAGACAUCAGCUCGUCGUCGACCUCCGUAGACGUUAGUUCCAAACCCUGCCGCGUGUCGGAAGACGGCGCUGCGGGCGGUGAAGUGGAGCUUCCUGAAUCGCCGACCCCCGAGAUCGGGGUGAUCAGUAAUAAGGUCAACGAUAUUAUCUCCAGCGCCCAGUGUGAGGCCCAGAGGAACUCUAGUUUAGCCUACGUGGAUCCGUCGAGGAAUCGUUAACUCCCGGGUUUCGCCGAGUGGGAAACUCGGGCUGUUGGAGGUCCUCGUUCGGACCCGGAUGCUUAGCUCCUGAAUCGCCGUUUUAUGGUGAAAUUCGAUCAAGUUCCUGGAUUUAUUAAGUCAAGUUGGCACCGGUUCGUCGGUAUGGUCAACCGUGCUCGAUUCUCGGAGAGUCGGGUUGAAUCCACAGAGCAUAGUCAGCUCUUGAAAUAAUUUAUCGUGGGGUUGCGUCGCCGUUAGGGGGUGUACACCCUAUUUUUCGAUGCAAACAACUUCAUGCUGGGCGGAUAUUUUUUCCUCUUUUCGCUGAAGUUAUUUGGAAGAGAGCAGGGAAGAUGUAGUUGUCACCUCCUUCCCAGCUUCCGCCUGUAAAGAAAUGCACAAAUGGAGGAAAUCUUAAAAGGAGACAAAAAUGCAUAAUGUCUUGCAGAAUGUUUCGUUCUCUGUUUUCCUAUGUUUCACGCCAGAAAGUGAAACUUCGUUGGAUUUUAUGAUGAAUUUAUCAAGUGGUGUCAAAUAGGUAAGCCACUGCACAAAAUUUUAUUCGUUUACCGCCAUGAAUCGUUGAAUCUAUAUAUGUUCCGAUCUCUAAAAACAUUUGCUCGUGACGUAUAGGAGAAUUUUGUUUAAUAAAUGUGAUAUAGUAUGGAGAAAUGUUAUACUUCUUUGGGAAAGGGAGGCUGCAAACUUCGAUGUGUUUGUAAAAUUAAAAUUUUAGAUUUAAAUAUUUUAAAAACCUGAGCCUCCCAUGCACCAGCCCCACUCGACAUAUUUCCUUUCAUAAUACUGAGUGCACCACUACCAGAUGAGAUCGUAGAGAAUCGAGAGGAAACAUUCACAUAACAUGCCAAGAAAUGUCACAUUUUGCAUUUUCCACUAUCUUCUGUGUAUUUUCAUUUUUUGACGCUCACCAGAUAUGAUUCUAAGUAACAUUCAAAUUGGAUAAGCUGUCAUUGUUCAAUUGAGAUUAUCACACAAAAUAUUUGAAGUAUUGCCUUUAUUGUUUAUUUUCUAUUGUAAUUUAUUCUGCAUUUAUAAUCUUCCAACUAGGAGCAAACAAGCAGUGCUCAAAUAUACUUUUUCCAGCUAUCGCCUCAAGAAUACUGAACAUAUAAUUUUUGCUCUACUCAGUGGGAAACCACCAUAAUUUAAUUCCAUUAAUGUAAAAUGGCUUUUCUGUCAUUAUUUGCCUGAUACUACUUUAUCGUCAAUUUCCAGCAAAAAUGCAUUUUCAAAAAAGGAGAGAUUAAAAAAGAUACAGAAACUCUAUGAGGAAAAUCUUGGAAGUAUUGCACUACCCUAAUUAAAAUACUUUUUUCCAUGCAUGUUUUUUAACUUAUUAGAUUGUGUUUGGAGCUGAAGAUUCUCAGCUGUAUUCUUUACAUAUUUAACUUUAAAAAAGAAAAUUCGGUUUAAGACUCAUCGAUAAUCGAGGGAAAUUUUGAUAAAUUGUACGUCAUACUAAUCUUGUAAUGCUCUUCCUUGUCAUCCAGUUGUUGUAUAUGUUGCUGAUUUGUUUAAUUUAUUAAUUAAUCAAUCAAUUGAUUAUUUAAUUAAGUGCGAAUUAAUUAGCAUUUUUAUCGUUCUGUUAAAACUUUGAGACUCCUCAAGACUUGCGUGCAAGAGUGUCAUUAGUUGCAAGUCUCAUUUCAUGUGUGAGCUCACUUUUAACCAGUGGCGUGGCGUGCUUUGCGAUAUAUCGAUUGAUCGCCCAUUUAAACUUAUGGAAAAGUAUCGAUAAACAGGGUGUUCGCAGCGAACACCUUAAAAAUCGAUUAUUUACCCCAGCUUCAAAUGGGGAAAUAUCGAUAGAUCGCAAAGCACGCCUCGCCACUGCUUUUAACAUGCUUCAUCAAGCAGGAAAGUAUUCGCAAUUUUCAUCUCAGGGUAAUCAAUUCCGCGCUAAUUAGUAACAUUGCCACUCCAAGUGACUUACAAUCGAAUGUUGUAAAAUUCUAGUUUAUAAAACAUCUAGUCUCGUGUUUUGAUUUGAAAAUUCAGAUUAUAGGUGUAUAAUUUAGUUUACGUUACGUUUAAAAAAAAACAAACAAACUUUAUGAUGCCAUCGUACCAUGUUUCUAUUACUCUAGCAAGCUCAGCGCUAGAGAUAAAUGAGCACUUCUCCGGUUAGAAACUACUAAUUGUACAGUCAACAUCAGUAUUUUUGUAAAAGACAGUUGUCGAUCAGUGGCGAGGCGGAAAUGAUCGAUAAUCGAUAUGCCCGUAUUGAAGCUAUGGUAUAGAAUCGAUUAUUAAGGUGUUCGCUGCGAACACCCUAUUUAUCGAUCCUUUUACACAGGUUUAAAUGGCAGAUCAAUCGAUAAAUCGUAAAGCACGCCACGCCACUGUCAUCAAUGCCGUGAAAAACUUUUUAUUCGCGCCACGCAGAGAGAAUUUUAUUCGUUUCGACUAUAUUAAUCGCCAAUCUCGUUACAUAUCACUAUUUUUUUAGCGUUUGAAGCACAAAUAGCUUUUUCAAUCCGUCGAUUGCACAUUGAGUCAAAUCGUGGAUAUUCGGACGACAACAUCUGUUAUCAAAUUCAAUUAUCCUUCACCCCUCGAGCCAGAGACUGCAGUGCAAAAUGAAUCGGUCGCUUCGGUCAAUGCCAGGCGAAGCGUCCAAACCUCGUAGCUAAAUCUAUUAUCCACGCUGCUGAGCCAUUAAAUGAGCCUAACGCUAUUUCUCACUACGCGGCAACGUAACGUCAACCGCGCUACGUUACGCCAUCUGCUGUACCGCGGCUUCUCUCAGGAUCCGAACACAACCGGAGGCUCCUUAAAGCGGUCGUCAGAAACCGUCCACCCUCGCGGAUCUAAUUAGAUAACUCUAUCCUAAGCAACAACGCCGUAUGACCAUUCAUACGUUGCCAAAUUUCUUCCGAUAAAGUGAGACUUUUCUCGAAGACUUGAAAAUUAUCUUUUCUAAAUUUUCAAGGAAUUUUACUCUUAAUUUGUUUCAUUGUUCCUAAAAUUCUAAAGGAAAAAAAUUCUUAGCUUUUCUCUGAAAUACGUACUUUAUCUGGGUAAAUUAGGCAACAUCCGAAUGUCCAUACGGCGCUGUUUCUCGGCGCGGCAGCCCUGUCGAUUAUUCGCUAUGCCCAAUUAAGUAUAAAUAAUUUAAACGACUACCCCUAAGAUAUUUUGUUGAGUGUUUGGGUACGAUUGGAUAUACGCUCAGGAAACGUGACGAGUUCGGCUUCCUUGUUUGGGACCAUUAUAUAAUUUUCCAUCAAUGUGUCGUUUAAUUUCAUCUCGGCUCGUGUAUGGAACUCCUCUCGUUUAAUUUGCAGGAAAUUCAAAGUACACCCUCGGCAAACCAUCACCCUUUGUCAAGCGGUUUUCCCUCUUAAAAAUGUUUCCUUUUAAAUCUCCAAAUGCGGAUGCAGAUUUGCUUACGUGAUUAUACCGUUUUUAAUCGCCAUAUUGUUUCUAUGAAAGAGCACGUUUGGAAUAAAAUCAUCUUAAUCGAAAAAUCAAUUUCUCCGGGGGCAGGCUGAUGCUUGAGUCGCGUAAAACUAUUUUUCAUGGUCAGAGACACAGACAAAUAAAUAAUAAACGUGACCCACAGCCAUUACCAGAGUUCAAGACUCCUUCUAAGACGCGUGAAAAACUUAUUGACCUAAAAGAAUUACUUUAACAGGAUUUUAGCCCUUGCACUACAUUUGGACUACAUUUUGCAAUUUGGAAAUAUAAAUUCUAGCCCGGUUUAAAAACAACGAAUGAGCCAUUAGUUUCCCUAUGCACUUAAAUGUUUUUCCAGAAGAGCCAGAAUUAAUAGUUCCAAAUUGCAAAAUGCAGUCUAUUUAUUACACCUCGAGGUCAAAGACCGUUGAUCACAUUUGAUAUUAUCUAAAAAUCGCAUAUGGGAUUUAAAUUCGCGUCGGAGCAGCGCGCGCGCGCACCCUUCCCAUCAUCCAAACGGUUGUAUUUAUGCUAAAAGGAACUAUGUUCAACGUAAACCCUGUACACAUAGUCCCUUUUAGCACAAAUUCAUCCAAAUUUCUCAGUUGCUAGUAAACGAUCCAUCUCGUUAGAGGUAAUUACGUGGCAUAUUUCGCGGCUAUGCUUGAGAGUUAGCGUCUGAAGUCGAUUUGGAUGGCAAAAACGUUGCCAUAUUUCAAAUGAAAGUAAAUCGAUCCGCACGAUGUAAAACUGAACCACGUGUUAAACGGCAACGAGGGUUGGCAAAGUUUUCCGACACCCGCGUGUCACAUCCUCUAGAAAUCCAACUUUGAUUAAAUUUAAUUUAAGUUUCCGCAAUAUUCGCCGAUUUCGGCUCAGACCGGCAAGCGCUCCAAUUUCUGGCGUUAAUCGCCCGAUUAAUCUACUUUGUCGGGUUAAACCGCGUAAGUCCAAACUAAAACCUAACACGGAUGCUUGGUUUCUGCUUAGCAAGUACUUUUUUGAUGCAUAGUCGCGUUCGAAAGUUUAUCUUCAUAAAAACUAACAUUCCAUGUUAUACAAAUAGGUACAGAUACAGCGUUCACUUUUUAUCCAACCGGUUGCUCACUCUCUGAGGGGAAAAAAACUCGAAUUAGGUCAUCGCACUCGAAAAAUUACCUGCUACUGUGAGGAAUAUUGCCUAAUUUUUACAAAGAAAAAGUUUAAUAGCAAAAACAAACGAUUUUAAAGCACAGCCAGAAAAAUUAUAUCACGACAACUAUACAUAUCGUGGUUACAGCUAACAUUUUCUACGGCAUUGCGUAUAGAUCACCUCCAUAUUUCAACAAGAGUGUCUCUCAGCGCAACAAGAAACUUUCGAAGUUACGGUUUUUCUUGCGACACUGAAUCCAAUUUCUUUAAAGUAUUUCUCAAUUGCUUUUUUCCGGUUUGGGUAAACAUAAUUAUUGCUGCCCGUUCACAUUGAGCUUCAUUGGUUUAACUUUUGAAAAACGGCCACGGGUAAGACAAAAUUACGGUCAAAUUUUCACAAGCAAAAUUUCUACUUUUGAAAAUACAAACUUUCGUAGGUAUUUAACCCGAACUCGGAUAGGUCAAAUUCCUCCCUCACGCUGCGCGAAAAAAUAAACGGAAGAGAAAAACCUCAAGUGAAUAAUCUCCCGAUUACAUGUAACUCAGUUGAAAAAAAUCCGGCCGCAAACCAAAAUUUGAACCAGUAGUUUUGUUGCAAUGUUCAAUUUCGUAAAUUGGGCUCUGGAAAAGAGGGGUACACAUCGACUCUUGUUGCAAUUAAACUCUGCAUUUCAAAACACCACUCACGACAUCCACUAACUGCUCGCCGAGGUGCUUGCGUGUGCGCCAAAUAUUAGACCGCGCUUACUUCGAUGCUUAAUUAACACGCUAGGAAUGCUCACGAACGAAGAGGA